AUGAAUAGCCCGUUUGAUUUCGUUAAUCAUCGUCAUCGUUUAAUUCUAUUAUUAACGUGUAUUUAUAUUUUGUUAAAUAUUUUACCUCAAUCAAUUGAAGCUUGUCCAAACGAAUGUACAUGUCAUGGACCAAAUGUUGAUUGUUCCAAUAGAGGAUUACAACAGAUACCAUUGGGAAUACCAAGAAAUGUAUUUAAACUGUAA